UCUCAGUGGCUGAGGCGCCAUCCUUUCUCCUGCAGGGCCCAAGAGAUGAGACAGCUAUUCACAACUCCUGGGCAUCCAUCCUCUGCCCAUCUACAAAGUCCAGUUCCUACCCUGAGACAAGGAAGACAGUGCCAAGGAACGUUUCUUUGGGGGUUUCUUCAGAUUGGUUUUGUUCCCAGAAAGCCCAAGCAUUUUUUAUUUGGAAAUCCAAUUGUUGUCAGACAUGGCUAGCAUGCUUGCUCAAAUGGGUAACAGUAGGCGGUAGAAUGCAGCUUUUCUGCCCUUGGUCCAUUCCAUGCUGAGGUCUGGGAGGAAUCUUGUUCCUUUCAUAGCCAACAUGGCAGAGAGAAACAUGAAGUAGUUCUCUGGGAGGGCAGAGACAGCCCAGGGGGAAGAAACCUUUGAGAACUAGCUAAGCCAAGUCCACAGGGUCCUACCAGAUUGGCAUAUGCCUGAGGAGGAAAAGCUUAGAUGGCUGAUGAGAAACCAUAGGGGCCUUGCCUGGGAGGUCAUGCGUUUGCUCCAGGAUGCCAAUCCUAAUCUAAAGGUGGCAGAAUUUUUUUGGGCAAUGAAGUUUGUGUUUGGAGAGUCAACAGCACAUGGUGAUUUUUAAAAAUCCCUGCAAGCACAGGGAGAGAAACCAUCCCUGUGUGUGAUCCCUUUAGAGAUACAGCUACAGCAUGCUAUUCAGGCUGGGGUCCUGGCUGAGAGUGAAGCAAACAGGACUGGCUUGCAUCAGCUCCUUGUAGGGGCUAAGCUCAGUAGGGACCUUUGCAUCAAGCUUAAGGGUCUUCUCCAAAUGCAUGUACAUAAUGAGCAGGAUGGCCUUCCUGAUUUCUUGGAGUUAAUCAGAAGGGUAAGGGAGAAAGAAGAUUGGGAUGACACUUUUCUUAAAAAAAAGCUGCCCAGAAGAUCUGAGACAAUAAUGGAGAGGUCACCCAGCCCUGUAAUAUUUCAGGGUCUCCUGCCCUAAAUGAUAACCAGUGCUGACUGCAAUGUGAUAGAGAUAGAUGAUCCACAGGAUGACUCAGAUGAAGAUGUGAUCCUGGUGGAGUCUGAGGACCCCUCACUCUCAUCCUCAUGAGCCCCAACUCUCAAAGGCAGAGCCACUACUCAGGAUCAAAUGCUAGUUAUUGAAUCUCCCAACAAUUUUGAUGAGUCUCCUUCCAUCAGUAGUGGUUCUGGGCAAAGGAAUAAUGGGCCGGGGGAUCUUCGGAAAACCGGAAAGCAAAAGUACCUAAUCUGCUGUCACCACUGUGGUGAAGAGGGCCAUGCAAAGGAAAUUUGUGACAAUACCAGCAACAAGGCCCAGGUGUUUGAGAAUCUGGUAGUCACUCUGCAGGUGGUGACUCAUGGAGAGAUCAAAAUCCUCUGCACCAUACUAAGGUGGGAGACUCAGCCCCAGGUCAAUGUUUAACUCCUCUUAGAAGCUGAAUCUGGAAAAAAAAAAAAAACAAAAAACAGGGAUAGGGUAGGCUUCUAACUGAAGGAAUUCAUUCAAAACCAGUUUUCUUUGGAGAAGGAAAAGCAGACUCAGACUCAUAUACCACAUAACAGAGAGGGAUGGUCCCACAUAAUUCCUUGCUCAUUCCACUGACUGCUUAAUGGUUGUUUCUCUGUGUGCGUCUUUCUGUGCUGAUUUUAAUCUCUCCAUGAAGUGUUUUUUUUUUUUAACGUUCCAAAUGAAAUUUUAAAAAUGAAAACAUUAAAGUACACGUGAAAAUCUCACCCUGAUACAAUCACUGUCAACUCUUUGGUGAAUGUCCUUCUGUAUAUUUCUCUGUACCUGUGUGCCCAAAAUAUAAUUGCUGUUCUAUACUACGCAUUUUUUUCAACAAUUAGUAUGUAUUGUGGUCUUCUA